UGAUCUUAGCUGAGCACGGCGAGAUCGAGAGCGUACGAAUUUAUUAAGUUUUUGUUUUUCUUUUAAAAUUUUGAAAGUAUUUUGUUUUUAUAAAUUUGUACGUUUAUUUAGUAAAUGAUCAGCUUUUAAAACAAUCAGCUCUAAAAUUUGUAUAAAUAGAAAAAUAUUUUUUGUGGUUUAAUUCAUGGCCAUUUUUAAAAUUGUAUAUAUAACUGAAGAAUAAUGGAAUAUCCAAUUGUUUCAAAUAAUAAAACGAGGUUUAUUGGCAAAACUCUAAAAACGUGGACAAAUGAGAAUUUUCAUAGUUUUAGGGGAAUACGAUAUGCCGUACCACCAACUGGAACUCUGAGAUUUAAAGAUCCGGUGCCUUAUGAGUAUGAUGACGGAGAAUACGAUGCUACAGAAGACGGACAUGACUGCUAUAGCAUUUAUGCAACCAAUCCCUCAGAAGAUUGUUUGAAUUUGAAUGUUUACACCCAAUCGACUUUAAAAUCAAAUCUUGCACCAGUAAUAGCUUUUAUUCAUCCUGGUGGAUUAUAUGUUGGUUCAGCGUUGAGUAAUUUUAUAGGACCAGAAUAUCUUAUGAAUAAAAAUAUUGUGUUGGUGACAUUUAACUAUCGUUUAGGUACAUUAGGUUUCCUUAAUAUUGGAACAAAAGAAUAUCCUGGUAAUGCAGGUUUUAAAGAUCAAGUGAUAGCGCUACGUUGGAUUAAUAAAAAUAUUAUAAACUUUGGCGGUGAUCCAAAUAAUAUAACUUUAAUGGGUUAUAGUGCAGGUGGUGUAAGUAUAUGUUUGCAUAUUGUAUCUCCAAUGUCAAAAGGUUUAUUCCAUCGUGCUAUUAUUAUGAGUGGAUCGAUUCCACCUCAAUCGUAUAUACCAAAAGGACAUCAGAGAAAUUUGGCAUUACGACAGGUUAAAAUACUUGGUUGCAACACAAUUCAAAAUGAAAAUGAAACUAAAGAAAUUAUAGAAUUUUUAAAUACCAAAAGUGCACUGGAAAUAUCAAUGACUUUAAGAAAAAUGUUUUUCUUUGGCAAAGAUAAUCCAAUGUACUUAUGGUUACCCAUAAUUGAAAAUGAUUACGGACAAGAAAGAUUUUUAACUGAUGCUCCAUAUGUGAUAUUAAAAAGUGGAAAUUUUAUGAAAAUUCCUAUCUUAAUUGGCUUUACUGAUCAGGAAUUCGGGCAAUCAGCUUAUGAUAUUUUGUCAAAUGAUGCUCUACAAGAUGAAUUUAACCGGAAAUUUCAACAACUUGCACCAAUAUGUUUUAUGUAUGAGUUACAUCAAAACAAGGAUAUUAUUACAAAUGAAAUUCAUAAAAAACUUUUAUUAAUAGAAAAAAGUCAAAAAGUUUUACCAACUGUGAAUACCACAAUGAGAAUGGAAACAACAGAUGUGAAAACUUCUAGUGUAGACAUUAAUCAAUUUAUUCAGUUAUGCAAUUUAUUUUCUGAUUCUAUUAUAAAACUCGGUGCAUCAAAAUACGCAACAGAAAUGUCGAAAUUUAUAGAUAAGAUAUACCGUUAUAAAUUUACAUACAGGGGUCGUCACACCAAUUUAAAUGGAAAUUUGAAAUCUAAUGGUGCUGAACACAUGGAUGAUUUGUGGUAUUUAUUCAAAAUGAAACCAAGUUUUUUACCUAGUGAUCCGGAAGCUGAUUUAAUUGACAGAAUGGUGGAUUUUUUUACAUCUUUUGCAUUUGAUAUUGAUUUUCAAAAUGGUGAUAAUUGGAAAUUUAAUAGCAGAAAAUAUAUGGAAAUUUGUGGAACAGAACUUAUAAUUAAAAAUGAUGAAAAUUGGUUUAAUGAAAAAUUUUAUGAGGAUUUAUUUCAACUUAAUUGUUAUAAAUAAAAUUAAAAACAAGUGUGUAAAUAUUUAUCUAAUAAAAAUUCUUGUGAAAAUAUUGA